CGGGCUCCCGCUGGCGGCUAGGCCGGGGCCGAGCGCGCGGCCGGCCAUGGAGGUGGAGGAGGCGUUCCAGGCGGUGGGCGAGAUGGGCAUCUACCAGAUGUACCUGUGCUUCCUGCUGGCGGUGUUGCUGCAGCUCUAUGUGGCCACGGAGGCCAUUCUCAUUGCGCUGGUUGGGGCCACACCAUCGUACUACUGGGACCUGGCGGAGCUCCUGCCGAACCAGAGCCACAGCAACCGGUCGGCUGGUGAGGACCAGGCGCUCGGGGCCUGGCUCCUGACGGCCAACGGCAGUGAGAUGCACAAGCACGUGCACUUCAGCAGCAGUUUCACCUCCAUCGCCUCCGAGUGGUUUUUAAUUGCCAACAGAUCUUACAAAGUGAGUGCAGCAAGCUCUUUUUUCUUCAGUGGUGUGUUUGUGGGAGUUAUCUCAUUUGGUCAGCUCUCAGAUCGGUUCGGAAGGAAAAAAGUCUAUCUCACAGGUUGUGCUCUUGACAUCUUAUUUGCUAUCGCAAAUGGGUUUUCCCCCUCAUAUGAGUUCUUUGCAGUAACUCGCUUCCUGGUGGGCGUGAUGAAUGGAGGGAUGUCGCUGGUGGCCUUUGUCCUGCUGAACGAAUGUGUGGGCACCGCCUACUGGGCACUCGCAGGGUCGAUCGGUGGCCUCUUCUUCGCAGUCGGCAUCGCCCAGUAUGCCCUGUUGGGAUACUUCGUCCGCUCCUGGAGAACCCUAGCCAUUCUGGUUAACCUGCAGGGAACAGUGGUCUUUCUCUUAUCUUUAUUCAUUCCUGAAUCACCUCGUUGGUUAUACUCCCAGGGUCGACUGCGUGAGGCUGAAGCCGCGCUGCACCUCAUCGCCAAGAGGAACCGCCAGCUCAAGUGUACCUUCUCACUAACACACCCGGACAGCAGGAGCUGCAGGGAGACGGGAAGUGUCCUGGACCUGUUCCGCUACCGGGUCCUCUUGGGGCAUACUCUGACCCUGAUGUUCAUCUGGUUUGUGUGCAGCUUGGUGUAUUAUGGCCUAACUCUCAGUGCAGGUGAUCUAGGUGGAAAUAUUUAUGCCAACUUGGCCCUGUCUGGCCUCAUAGAGAUUCCAUCUUACCCUAUCUGCAUCUACUUGAUUAACCAAAAAUGGUUUGGUCGGAAGCGGACAUUAGCAACAUUUCUGUGCCUAGGAGGACUGGCUUGUCUUAUUGUCAUGUUUCUUCCAGAAAAGAAAGACACAGGUAUGUUCGCAGUGGUGAACAGCCAUUCCUUGUCCCUGCUGGGGAAGCUGACCAUCAGUGCUGCCUUCAAUGUCGUGUAUAUCUACACCUCGGAGCUGUACCCCACAGUCAUCAGGAAUGUUGGGCUUGGAACUUGUUCCAUGUUCUCCCGAGUUGGUGGGAUUAUUGCUCCCUUCAUCCCCUCACUGAAGUACGUGCAGUGGUCUUUACCCUUCAUUGUCUUUGGAGCCACGGGGCUGACCUCAGGCCUCCUGAGUUUAUUAUUGCCAGAAACCCUUAACAGUCCAUUGCUAGAGACGUUUUCUGACCUUCAGGUGUACUCAUAUCGGAGGCUGGGGGAGGAGGCGUUAUCUUUACAGACCUUGGAUCCCCCUCAGUCUGUGGACAAGCAGAGCCCUUUAGGGAGUGAGAGUGAGGAAGAGGAAGAGUUUUACGAUGCGGAUGAAGAGACACAGAUGAUCAAGUGACGUGCCCCAGAUUCCUCCUCAGACGCAGAGGGUCAUCUUCUCUGCCUCCAACGAGGGCAGGUUCUCCCAGGAAACUGAAGGGAGCUGUGGAAAGAUAGGCCUGAACAAACAUCGAAGGUACUCAGUGUGGCCUGAUGUUUUUUAGGCACGAAGGAAGUUGGAGAAGAGAUUUCAAGAAACAGGACAUCACUGCAUCAAGGGAAUAGUUGUUAACUGCCCACAGUUCGGGUUUAGCUCAAAAUCAUGACCUCUGGCCAGAUUGCUGAAGUCCACAUGCCAGAGUGGUAAGCUCAUUUGUUUCUAGAAGUUUGAUUACGUUGCCUUGCAACUUCAUUGUGGCCUAAAGGCAAAUACGUAAAAUUUCUUCUCACCAUUAACACGUAAUCUGUCCACCAAAUUUGACAUCCGCCCCUCUCAGUUGCUCCUCACCAGGAAUCUUUUGAGGCAGGUUGGUGUUAGCAUUUCAUUCACUUUUAUGCCAGAAGAAAAGCACUGAGAGGUCAUUUGUGUGGCCUGAGGCCCUCCACCUUCAUCCCAACGGAUGAAAUUUGGGCCCCCAGCUUGGUUCCUGGCCCAGUGAUUGGCUUGAGCUCCCUGUGCUUUCAGUCAGUCCCACAGAUGACCUGCUAGGAAGAGCCAGCUGCACCAGAGUAAUGUUCAGAGUCUGAGGUGUGGCUGCCUCUCCCUGGCAGCUCCCUUUGAUACUCGAAUUGUGUAAUUUCUUCAGUUCCCACUUGUGUGCACCUGGAGAAAAAUUUCCAUCUCAGAUUCUAGUACCAGCAAUAACUGCCAAACCAUGCCCAGUAAACGACGAAGUUUUAUAAAGGGGGAGGGCAGCUAAAAAGUGACAUGUCAAGACUCUGGAUGUUAAAAAGGAAGAAAAAUGCUGUUUUUAAUAAGGAAGAAAAGAAAAUUAUCUUUCACAAUUUUCUGUUUGUUUUGUUUUCAGUGUUGUACAAGGAGGGACUUGGGCAACAUUUAAGAACUUGAACUCUUCUAGUCCUAGAUCAGCUCCAGCCUGUUUGGUUAGCUAGAAUGGAAGGCUCAGUAAUUUCCUAGUAAAUGUUGGUUUUCAUUAAGUACUGCCAGCUUUCAAAUAAAUCAAAGUCGUACUGUUUCCUAAAAGCAUGUGCUGAAAGUGUUUCCCAUGAAACCUGGGUAUUAUCUCAAAUAGGAGUGUUAACCUGGAGUCAACAAGCUUGGGCAGUGUUACUUUAGGUCACUUUCCCAACUGGGAAAAUUUCUGUGUUUUCAGAAUUUCCAUUUCUAUUAAUCCCUUGGAGAAAAAGAAAUUUCACUGGAGAUAAAGAGAAGUCAUCACUGAGUCUGUUUCUGGAAAUCUUGGAGGACUCACCUCGCAUUGGCUCCAACCCUGUCCUGUCCUCUUCCACUGACCUCUUGGUUUGCACUAUACCAGCUUGUACCUUUGUUAAAGUAUUUUUAUGUCCUUCAUGCCCUUGAUUAUGUAUUGGGCUCUUUAUAAACAGGGGCCAUCUCUAAUACUGUUUAUUUCUCGCUGCUGUGCCCAGAACACAGUAAGUAUUACUGUUUCUAGCCAUCAGGGAAAUUGUAGAACUCCUCCCAGUAUCAUUUUUGUAAAUCACAGGCAAAUCUGACCCAAACCCCCAAAUUGUGGAAUCUCGCUGUCUUUCUCUGGGAAAUGGAGACCCUGCCCACCAUCAAGAGAGGAAGAAAGGAAGAACUUACAAGGACACUUAGAAGCUCUUCAUUGUGAAGUUAAACGUAAAACAAGAAACCAACACAUAGGUGAUUCUUGGUUGGUUGGAGCCCUCUUUGCAUUGUAAGAGUAAUAAUCCCAUUAUAAAAACAUGUGGAAACUAGAAGUUUAAAAAUGUAUUAGUCAUAGGCCCAACACCCAGAGACAACCAGUGUCAUGGCUUUGGUCUCUUUGAAGACCAACUGGGAAUCCAUCUUUCUAUUGGCACUGGGGUUCCCUCUGCCUCUGGCUAGAUAAUUGAGGAUUCCAUUAGUUCUGCCCCUGGGUAUUCUCUUUUCCCAGCUCCAGGGUAGAAGAAGGGAGGGAAGGGUACACAGUUUGAACACAUGUUGCUAAGGCUGGGCUAUCAGCUGCUCACGUCAGAUGUGUCACUAAAUUUUGUUUCUUCCUAGAUGGUCUUUUGGCAAAGUUUAAUAAUUACUGUUUUGGGGACUUCCCUGGUGGCACAGUGGUUAAGAAUCCACCUGCCAAUGCAGGGGACAUGGGUUUGAGCCCCUGGUCCAGGAAGAUCCCACAUGCCGUGGAGCAACUAAGCUCAUACGCCACAACUACUGAGCCUGCGCUCUAGAGUCCGUGAGCCACAACUACUGAGCCUGUGUGCCACAACUCCUGAAGCCUGUGUGCCUAGAGCCCGUGCUCCACAACAAGAGAAGCCACUGCAAUGAGAAGCCCGCGCACUGCAACAAGGAGUAGCCCCCGGUCACCGUAACUAGAGAAAGCCUGUGCGCAACAACAAAGACCCAACGCAGCCAAAAAUAAAUAAAUUAAUUAAAAAAAAUAAUAAUUACUGUCUUUUUAUCCCUUUGCCUUUUAUAAAAACAGAUUUUUUCCUUUUGCUAUUAACUGUUGAAAAAUAGUGAUUGUGGAGAUGGUGCACAUGAGCAUAUUUGUAUUGAUUAAAUUAUUGGAAAACUCUUAAUUUAUAGGUAACAUAUUUUGUUUGUUCAGAUGAGUUGUAAAAGGUAUCCUUUUACAUUUUUUAUUGUAUUCAAAAUUAAAUUUCUUUUCUCCUAAAAGGCAGCAAGAAAACCAUAAGACACAUAAGAAAUCCCAGGGCUUCUAGGGUCAAAGGUCUUGUCCAGCUUGUCCAGAACCCUGGUACCACACAGAUACGUUGAGAGAAACUGUUUUGUAGUUUCCUGAUUGUUGAGUUAAAACCACUGCCCAUUGAAAAUGCAGUAUUUGUCAUUUGGCUGAUUUCAAGCAAUGUAGACAUUCUUUAGUACUUAAAAAUGAACAAAUGAAAUACAACAAAUAACAAGCAAAUGAAAGUUUCUGGGACACUACUUAAGUAAAUGUAAUCUGGGCAAGUAUUUUUAUGGAGGUCAAAUUGAUAAAGGUACUUUUAAUAGAUUCAUAUUCCUAAUGAAAACAUAUUGAAAUAAUGAUCUCUACUAAUUAAACUGAAUUAAACUGCAGCUUUCUAAUAGGACUUACUCUUCCAUUACUAAUUCUUAUUAGAUUAUUCUUAAAUUGGAUACAUAUAAAGGAUUUUUUUAACAAAAUAAAAUGCAGGUAUUUUGGUUUCUUGUGAAUAUGAUAAAGAAUUGUAAAAUGUAGACCUUUUGUUCUUACAGAACGUAUGAGGAUGUACACAGUAGCAUCUUUGACAAAUUGAGCAAAUAUAGAAUCUGCUAGAAAUUAUGGGUGGUAUGUGGGUCAGGGGCUGUAGCAAAGUUAGGGAGUCAGUGGGUACAAAAGAUAACCAUAAAAGUAUUUCUGGAAAGAGAAAAAUGCAAAGAUACUGCAUUGUUAGAAAAUGCAUCUGUGUAGUAUGUUAAAGGGAAAGAUCUUAUGAUUAUCUCAAUAGAUGCAUGAAGAUUAUUUGACAAAAUUCAACACCUAUUUAAAAUAAAAGCUACUAGCAGACAAGGAGUAAAAGGAAACUUCCUUAGCAGUAUAAGGGGUAUUGUAGCACUAAGGUGAAUUGACCUAAGGCAUCUCUUCACCUUCCCGGGACCUUCAGACUUUCUUGAUAAUGACCACAAUAAGAAAUGUAUUUUACAUAUUCUUUCUCUUCCCUGUUCCUCCACCUCUUUCUAAUCUCUGUCUCUGUCUCUGUCUCUUUCUCCCCA